AUGGAACUCGUUGAUUCCAUUGUGCCCGGCACUUUGCCCUCUUCGUUAACUGGGUUGGAGAUGGGAGUCUACUGGUUUCGUAUUGCUCAAGGCGGAACAAUGCUUCAGGGCUAUCCUGUUUUGCAAUUCAACCCCAGUUUGCAAAAAGGAGCUGCCUUCUUCAAGGUAAUAGUCGAGCGUCAUCCUGGUUCUCAAAUAAGCGAUCUGGACAAGCACAAGUUUCUUGUGCCCAACGACAUAACUGUUGCUCAGUUUAUGUGGAUUAUUCGGAAAAGACUUCAGCUCUCUCCAGAAAAAGCGCUGUUCCUCUUCUUUGAUGACUACGUCCCACAAACAAGCUGGACCAUGGGCCAACUCUACAACGAACGCAAGAGUGACGAUGGGUUUCUCUACGCGCAUUAUAGUGGUGAGAACUCCUUUGGUGGUGUUUAA